UGCAGCGCGCCCAGCACCUGACAGGCAAAGAUGGCGGCACUUCCCACACGACUGUUUUUGUGAACUUUUGUACUUUGUUCUUUAUGUGCAAACACAUUCCUCCUUUUUGAAACCUGUCUUCAUGUUGACAAAUGUCUUCCGUUUAGGACCGCAGCUCUGUUUGUUUGUUCGGGCUGCCAGUAGUUGUUGUUCACCGCAGUGUUUCCUGUCAGCUAACUGUCUGCGGUAACGGACAGGAGCCAGACGUGACGGAGGUUCAGAGACGCUAAAUAUCUCCCGGUUGAAGUAUGAAGGAGUCUCUGUCUCUGGUCCAGAGGUUCAGCGCUCAUCCGGACUCCCGGUGCUGGUUCGUCAGCUGGAGCCCCAACGGGACGCUGCUGGCUUCGUGUGGGGGCGACAAGGCCGUCCGGAUAUGGGGUCGAGAAGGUGACUCCUGGGUAUGUAAGACUGUGCUUCAGGAUGGACACCAGCGCACCGUGAGGAAAGUGGCGUGGUCUCCCUGUGGGAACUACCUGGCCUCUGCCAGCUUUGAUGCAACCACAUGUAUCUGGAAAAAGAAGAACGAUGACUUUGAGAGUUUGACUGUGUUGGAAGGACAUGAAAAUGAGGUCAAAUGCGUGGCAUGGGCCCCCUCAGGAAAUCUGUUAGCCACGUGUAGCCGAGACAAGAGUGUCUGGGUCUGGGAAGUGGAUGAAGAAGAUGAGUAUGAGUGUGUUACAGUUGUGAACUCCCACACACAAGAUGUCAAGCAUGUUGUGUGGCACCCAAACCAGGAGCUUCUGGCUUCAGCCAGCUACGACAACAACAUUUGUGUUUACAAGGAAGAGGAUGAUGACUGGGAGUGCCGCGCCACCUUGCAAGGACACACAUCCACAGUCUGGAGUUUGUGUUUUGAUGCGACUGGGCAGAGGCUGGCCUCCUGCAGCGAUGAUCGCACUGUGAAGAUUUGGAAGGACUAUUCAAAUGAAAGUGGACAGGUAGAGUUGCCGUGGAAGUGUGUUUGCACUCUGUCUGGGUACCAUGGACGAACAGUGUAUGAUAUUGCCUGGUGUCGGCUGACCGGUGCCCUGGUGACCGCCUGUGGUGAUGAUGCGGUGCGAGUGUUUAAGGAGGAUGAGACGGCCAGUCCAGAUGAGCCGGUGUUCUCGCUGGCUGCUCAGGUGACCAAAGCUCACAGCCAAGAUGUUAACUGUGUUGCCUGGAACCCAAAGGAGGCAGGACUCCUGGCCUCCUGCAGUGACGACGGAGAGAUCGCCAUAUGGAGGUUCCAAGAAGAGCACUGAAUCAACAGAACUGAUCUGCGAGUAAACCCCUUUUCAUUACUGCAAGUUACACUGGCAAUUGUGCAGCUAGUCAGAUAGCUCAGAAGGAUUCUGCCUAACGUUAUGUGUAUGACAUGUUAGAGGUCAUCGGUCAUGUAUGUUUCCAUGCUAAUAUUACUGCUUCACUGCAUCUUGUGCUUUGGGUACAUUUUCCUUUGUAACAGUUCAAUUGAGAAUUUAUGGAAAUGACUUGUUUAUAUAAAUAAAUAUGAAAGAAAAAUAAAAA